CUUCAUUUCCUCUUAUCUUCAUUUCAUAUCCCCCCUUUUUUUUUGAUUUAUUUCAGUUACCCUAUUUUUUUUUUUAUUAUUAUCUACCCUUUUUGUUAGAUUCUAUUCCAAAUCUUCAUUACCUUCAAGGAUACAAUGUCAUUUGACGCAGAUACAUCUCAACCUUCUAAUCAAUCAACACCUACUGCAACAGUUCCACCCAUGUUGAAAAGAUCAGUUUUACCUCCUAUGAGUCGACCUAUUCUACCUCCCAAUGGUACUACGGCUUUUAAACCACCUAUGAAUCAUCCUUCCCAUCCUACUAUGACAACUACACCUAUUCGCGCAAAUGGUCCUGGUCAAUUACCUUUACCUCAUCGUGGUCCUAUAAUGCGAAAAGGUCCUGGCUUAAAACUUGGUUUAAAAGAAGAAACUCCUUUUUCCAAUUUUUCUAAAUACGUUGAUCCAUCGGGUAAAUUGAAUUUCGCAGGCAAAGCUAUCAUUCAUGCUGAUGGGGUAGAUUUCAGUAAUGGUAGUAGUUUUGCUAUCAAAAUGGAUGAUUUAUUACUUCAAGAAGAACUUGGUAAAGGUCAAUAUGGUACUGUUAAAAAAGUAUCACAUCAAGUCACUAAUGUAGUCAUGGCUAUGAAGGAAAUUCGAUUGGAAUUGGAUGAAACUAAAUUACAACAAAUCUUGAUGGAAUUGGAUGUUCUUCAUAAAAGUACUAGUGAAGAUAUUGUGGAAUUUUAUGGUGCUUUUUUUAUCGAAUCAUGUGUAUACUAUUGUAUGGAAUACAUGGAUGCUGGGUCUCUUGAUAAACUUUAUGGUGAUGGUGUACCUGAAGAUGUAUUGGCCAAACUUGCUAUUUCGAUGGUGAAGGGACUAAAGUUUUUAAAGGAUGAAUUGUCGAUUAUUCAUCGAGAUGUUAAACCUACGAAUGUAUUAGUGAAUAUGAAAGGUCAAGUCAAAUUAUGUGAUUUCGGUGUAUCUGGUCAAUUGAACAAAUCUUUAGCCAAAACGAAUAUUGGAUGUCAAAGUUAUAUGGCGCCUGAACGAAUUAAAGCUGUAGAUACAUAUACGGUAUCAUCAGAUGUUUGGUCACUUGGAUUGUCAUUGGUUGAAGUGGCAGGUGGAAAAUAUCCUUAUACUUAUGACAAUAUGUUUGCACAAUUACGAGCCAUUGUUGAAGAAGAACCUCCUACUUUACCGGAUCAUUAUUCAGAUGAAGCAAGAGAUUUUAUAUCUGCAUGUUUACACAAAGAACCAAGCAAACGACCUUCUUAUGCGGAAUUAUUACAACAUCCUUUCAUUCAAAAGUAUCACGAUGUGGAUGUAGAUAUGGAAUCAUGGGCAACACAAGCUUACAAUAAUCGACAUCUUUCCCCUUCUUAGUUAUACUUUUUUUUUUAUCAUCUCUAUCACUUUUUGCUUCAUCCUUUCAUUAUCCAUUUACUUUUUGUCUUCUUAUUUUAUAAAUAUACGCUCUUUUCUU